CAGUUAGCCCCACAGCAAUAAUUCGCAGCCCCAAAAGGUGGUUCUGUGAGAGGAAGGAUGGAGCCAAUACCUUAUUUCCAAAGCAGAACUCCCAAGUGUGUGUUCUUGCUUUUGUUUCAGCAUCUUCAGACCUCUGGCAGCUUGGCCUGGGCAAGGCUGUCUUCAGCAGUAGUAGCUCCAUAGUGUUUUGGAAGCCUUACCUGACCUGUGCAUGCCUGAUGGAGCAGGCACUGUGUGCUUCACUUUGAGACUGGCUUUCAGGAGACCUUCUGGAGGUGGUUGUGGUGUUUGAAACAUUUAGGAAGGGAGAUGGUUAUUUAUUACCUGUAGCCCUGUCCUGGCCUCCGCAAUGUACAUACAUGGAACAAGGUGUGAAAUUUCAGUUGAAACCCAGAAGGCACUUGCCCUUGUUGCUCCAUAGACAGGUCGAAAAGCACCUUCUUCAGACAGGUACUUCAUGAGCACCCCAAAAAUCCCACCCUCUGCCCAAAGGCACUUUGUGCUGUAGAACAGAGCAAUCAGACCUGACUCUCCACUCCCAGGCAGAGAGACUCUUCUCCAUCUCCUCUAUAAACAAGUUAUCAUCUCCUGACAUAAUCCUACCCCCCUCUCAAGGCUUUAAGAGGCUGCUUCACUCCCGCCCCCUUUCCCUUCCUCCAGCUGUGGGAGGGCAGGUGCAGGUCUCCGGCUGGGAUAACCCAGUCAGGCAGGAUUUGGGGGCGGGGGGGUGGGACUAGAGCCGCGAGCGCUUUAUCCCCUCCCACUCCUACUAUUAGAUCCUGGAGCCAAGUUCAAACGCUGGGACCCAGCUGGGGCAGGGGAGCCCAGCGCAGGAGAGGGAGCGAUAGGGGCGCCGGUUGAGACGGGUCCCCUGCACCGGGCAUCCUGGAGCUCGGAGGGUCUGCAAGGGACCAUGCAGCUGGGCGCCUCGCCUCCCUCCGCGGGCACUUGCAGAUGUGGGGAUCGGCACCGCGAGCGAUAAAUGGUGAGAGUCCCCGGGGAGGGGGUUGAUCCCAGCCAGCGGCAGCUGACAGCUGGAAGUUUACGCUGGGGGAAGGGGGCUGAAAGGCUAUUUGGGGUCCACGUGGGGUCCCCCCCAGAGAAGAAGCACCGAUUCCAGCUAGAUCCAAGAGAAGGAACUGGAAAGUCCCACUCAGCACCGGCCCCCAGGGACUGUGAGAAACCCCGCUCGCCCCGGGCCAGGCUUUCCUGUAAAUGUUCCCGCUUUUCAACAGCGGCUGCUUGUUUCUGGAAAGGGGAGGGACCCCCCGGGAGGGACCCCCCCACACACACAGACCCGGUCCUGGUGCGGGCUCAUAGCUGGAGCCCGUUCGUUGCACGGAGCCGGCGUGGGCGUGUGUAGAUACUGGGUGGGGGUCCACUGGGGGCUCGUCCAGCCCUGUGCAGCAGCCGGCUGGUGUGAUCGGGGGCAGCCGAGCCAGGGAGAGACGCGUUGGCAGGGGAGAGAAAAUCCUAGCCCUGCAGUGCACACAAAUCGGUGCAUUGGCGGAGGGGGAAAGCUCUGGCCUUAAUUAGCAGUGUGUUGAAAUCCAUUUCCUUCGGGCUUCUCUGCAUGUGCCUCUGCGAGGUGUAAGGCAGAGCCAGCCAGACCCCUUCUGCCCUCCAAGCUACCCCAAGCCACAGGGGUCACGCCCCGCGGCAGAUUUAGCGGGGCAGUGCAAUCCAGGACACUGUGUGUGGGGACCAAAGUGGUUUCUGCUGGAGCAGAUUCUGUGCCUCAGUCGGUGAGCGCUGGGUUUAGAGCAUGUGCCACCAGGAAGUGCUCUGUCAAUACUGGUGAUUUCCCUUAUCUGUCAGUGUUUGCUAGAGGAUUAAGGCCAGGAAAGAAAAGAUUAGCCCCUGGCCUCCCCACAUGCAAAGCACAUUUUAACACCCUGAGUUUUUGUACCCAGCUGCCUGUACAGUUCACAGACCUGUUCUUAACCUUACAAAUAACUCCUGGUCCUUCCAUGGAGGGAGGUGACUUCUAAACCCAGAAUGAGCGUUUCCUGGAUGCUACUAACAAACAUUAAGUGAUGCCAAUUUUUGACAUUUGGUUUGUGUGUAAGGGGGGCAGGGGCCAAAGCCUUCAGUCUGUCUUGGAGAGAGUUAGUAAUCCCCAGGCAUGUGGAUUAACUAUAAUAACUUUUUCCACCUCUGAACAGUGCCAAUUACUAAGAGAAAACAGUUCUUGUGAUUUGUUCAUUCAAGUCUUCCUUCCACGAACGUGUAUCUCUCGCGGGCACCCCUCCACCAGGCUGGUCACGUGAGUUGUGAGAAUCGCGGGUCACGGCCUGUGAGAGUGUAGCCAGCCUGUCUUGUUAAGGGCAGACUGUGUUUCUUCACAUAUUAAGGACUGAAAAUGUAGUACCCAACCCAGCUGCUUGGAAAUGGUGCAAGUGUUGCUCUGUUCCGGAAUUUGAUAUUUAUGGAAUGAGUCCUUUACUUAAUAGCUCAAGUGAAAUUGCCAGGCCUUCUGUCCUCUGUGGGGAAGCCUUCCUGAUUAGCAACCCUUAGACUUUGGCCGGUGUCGGUGUGGAAAGGGAUAUUCUGUUUGCAGCAAAGCUGGCAUUUUGAUGAAUGGUUUUGAGCAUUAUUUAUAUCUUCUGUGCUGUUUUGAAGUUUGCUCUGGAGCAAUAUCUCCCCUCUCUUGGAGAAAUGUACAGAGAAAACAAAGCUGUGCAACUGGCCUCUCUGAGAAGAUUCUGCCACACCCAAAGAGAAAUUCCACUCCCUUCGCUAGGGCAGAAGGAAGUAAACCUACACCAUCCCUUGACGCGUCUGAGGAUCAUUGAUUUUUCAAAGACAGGACAAGCACUGAGAUAAAAUUUAUUUACUUCAUCCACUCAACAGUCUCAGAUAUCAAAGCUUUGGCUUCAGGGCUAUGCCGUGGCUGGCUUCAGUACUGCGUGGAAAGCAUGAAGCCUGAAGGUUUGACUAGGGAUCCGUGCUGCACCAGUGCAAGCAGAGAGCUGCGUAGGCUAUUUCCAUCCCCCAUCCCCCAUUAGCCAUCAAGAGCAUCUGUUUGGUUCCUGUGUGAGACCACUGAGCACCUGGAUUAAAGGAACUUUUUGAAAAGCUGGAGCAAGUGCAGAACUACCCAGUGCAGAACAACUGCACAAGAGACCACGUCUCCCUGGAUUUUAUUGCUCCUGUAUUUUAUAUUCAGCAUCUUUUUAAGAUGUGACAAAAUAGGCUUCCCACACAGCAGCCAUUCUUCUGCCUAUUCAGGCAUCCUCUGUCCCUAUGCACCAUCGUGACAGCUGCCCCCAGUUUUGUUUGGACACACAAAAUCACCUCUCCAAGGACAGCGAUGCUCUUGCCAUUAAUUCUAAAUGAAGUCUUUGGAUUUGACCCUGAAAUGGCCUGGGACCAUCCUACCUAAGACUGCAUUUCUCCCAUGCUGCCAGAGCAGCAAGCUGGGGUGAAACUGAAGCUCCUUUGCUCUAAAAAGAGGAAGUGCUGGCAGCGUGUUCUCCAGAUUCUCCCCAGGACUCUCCGCUGUGCUGUUCUACUGCUGCUGCUCCUUGUAUCGGUGCUGAGCAAGGGCAAGGCCAAGUGCAGCAUUGUGGAAAUCCUGCGGCAAUACCAAGCCGUGAUCUUUGAUGAGCUCCAGAACCUGAAAAACUUGACUCGAUCUGCUGAAACCCCAAGGAGGGGGAGAGCUGGCCCAGCCUGCCUCUCUAACAAGGAGCAGAAAAUCCUGCUGUCUAUCUCCACCAUGAGCAUGUCUCUCAGGGACAUGGUCAGAGGCCCCUGGAGGAAUCCUGAAGUAGUGGCUGUGAUGCAGGUGGUCAGCAACACAGAGUCUGUGACCAAACAGAACUGCAAGAAAAUCCACAAGAAGAGUCUGUCAACAGUUACAGAGAAACCGCAACACAGAAGCCAGGGCAACAGGAGAAAGCAGCUGAAGAUGAUAGCGCGAACAGUGGAAAACUUGGUCACCUGCUGGGAGAAGUUGUUCUCUCUCCACUCAAAGGACUGGGACACAUAGGGUCAGUAGGAAGCAGUGCAUGGUGCUCUCUCCAUGGGUGCUGAGCACCUGGGAUUGUACCACCACCUCCAUACUAGCCAGUAAGCAACACCAAUUUCAUGGAAACUCCUUGCCUUCUGAUUUCUUGGUUCUACCGUUGGGUGAAGCAGGCAUUCCAUUGUAUCCCAUUCUUCUCUGUUGGGAUUGGAGAGGGACACAUCUUCUGUUCAUGGCCUGUUCUGCUACUGUUCCAGGUAGCAAAUACUGAGGGUCAGAUUCAGCCCUGAAAUCAACUGAGUGGCAUCAACAGAAUUUGCUCCUUCAUUUUGAAUAAAACUUUGUUGGACAUUUCCACAGUGGGGGCCUUGGCUCCAGCGAGUCUGUAUGUUAGGAAUUUGGAAGGACAGGGCAGUAAGCAGGCAGUGAAAGAAGAGCAAUAGAGUAAGAGGAGGCUCCCGGAUUAUGAAAAUGCUUCUUGUCUGCUAGGAAACCUCUUGCACUGUGUAGCACUGACAAACUUGUCGUCGGUGGGUGGGAUUGAACCUGGGACUUCUGGCGCUUACCACUUGAGCGUCUACCGCGUGAGCUAAAAGCCAAUUGCCUGUUAGCUGAGGCAGUAGAGCAGACUCGUUUUAUCUCUCUCUCUUUAAGUGGUCUCAGUGCCACUAGAUGGGACAGAGCACCACACCCAGGAGAUGUGUGGGUUACAACUGCACCACUUGAGAUGAUGUCUGCUGCUUUCCUGGGGCUGUUCAUUGACAUGCAAGAUUGUCUUCAUACCCCAGAAGUUGCUGGGAGAAAGCCAUCUAGCUCCCGAAGGGCCGGUGCUUCAGGAAAGGCUGGGCAUGGUAGCCAUAGUGGCAAGUAGUCUAGGCAAUCUUAGAUCCCCCUGACAUUCCAUGAGUUUGAACUAGCUCUCUCUCCCUCCUUCUUCCAACCUGCACUCAACAGGCUGGUGUGGAGAAUGAAAUGGACUUUCUACAGCUGCUACCAUCUCCUGGAAAAACCAGGACAAAUAGACAAUUGAGAACCACUUGUAUCUCCUCCCAGGGCCGGGUUUCUUUUCCCAUCAUUCUUUGUGAUGGACACUUGCAAGAGGCAAGAGGACAAGGGAAAGCCAAAGUGCUGUAGGAGGUGGGGUUGAUGAUUCAGCAAGUGGUGCUCUUCCCUCUGGGUCAGGGCUGAACUGAUGUUGCCUCAUGGUGCUAAGGGGAAGGCUGUGCUGCCUAGUUGUAAAACCAGCCUUCAGUUGCUCAUCUUUUAUGCUAUUGAAACUACUGUCCUCUUCCUACCAGCAAAACAAAUCCCCUGCUUCUAGAAGAGAGGCACCAGAGCUCGCCCUUUAAUCAGUUAUAGAAAACCAGUUGUUACUGGUAGGGCUCCAGCCCUGGAGGCAGAGCUGCUCCCAUUAGCUUCACCAGAGGACACAACUUGCUGUGGAUUCAUGCUUAGUGGUGCAUCAGGACAUUCAGGGACACCCUCGCCAGUGGCUGCUGAGCAAAGUCUUGUAUGUAUGUGAGGUGGCACUGGGGCUUGGCUCCUGCUUGUGAUGCUAGAGGGCAGUGGUUCAAAUCACUCUGUGUCCAUGGCCAGUGGAGUAAGAAGUGUUUGAUCACAGUAGUUCAUUCUUUUUGGCCUAUGAAUCUCCUCUCUGCUCUUCAUGGGAUAAUGCCAUUGCUGUACUCUUCAUCCUAACUGGUGGUAACCAAGCCCUUACGUAUACAGGGGGCUGUUGGUCCAGGUAUCUACAGGUCAGAAACACAACACCAAGGGCCAAAUUCUCCCCUGGAAUUAGGAAGUGCCACUCCAUUGCAGUCAGUGGGCCCUUUUACAGCAGUGGUGAGUAUGAGUUCAGGAGGAGCUGGUCUGAGAUUCACUGAGCACCUGCAGCUCUUCGAGCAGCGCCCAGCCAGCCUAGCGCAGACAAGUGAACGUCACAGGCGGUGAGCAGAGAUCGGAAAGAAACGUCCUUUUACUUACUGGCUGCCUGACAUUUAAACAUGAGCCUCCCCGAAGGAGCAGCAUCGGAAAGGAGCACGUUUUCCACGCACCAAAACAAAACCUCGGUGAAAAUCCUUCAGAUCCAUAAGCUUUGGAAAUCCCAGUGUAGCCAAUGUUGAAAUGCCAUAAUGGUGAUAAUUAAAAAAGCCCACGUGGUCGGGGAGUGGA